GCUGCCGCCACCGCCGCCGCCGAUUCCGGAGCCGGGGUGCUUGCUGCCGCCGCCACUGCAGCCGCCGCCGCUGCUGCUGCUGCCGCCGCCGCCGCUGCCGCCUGAGGAGUGGGCCUGGGAAGAAAGUGGUCACCGCUCUCGGAGCUCCUCUCAUAAGCGUCUUUGCCCUUUGCAGUCCUCCCACGGGAAUGACCAUGGAUAAAAGUGAGCUGGUACAGAAAGCCAAACUCGCCGAGCAGGCUGAGCGCUAUGAUGAUAUGGCUGCAGCCAUGAAGGCAGUCACAGAGCAGGGGCACGAACUCUCCAAUGAAGAGAGAAAUCUGCUCUCUGUUGCCUACAAGAACGUGGUAGGCGCCCGCCGUUCUUCCUGGCGUGUCAUCUCCAGCAUUGAACAGAAAACAGAGAGGAAUGAGAAGAAGCAGCAGAUGGGCAAAGAAUACCGUGAGAAGAUAGAGGCAGAACUGCAGGACAUCUGCAACGAUGUUCUGGAGCUGUUGGACAAAUAUCUUAUUCCCAAUGCUACACAACCAGAAAGUAAGGUGUUCUACUUGAAAAUGAAAGGCGAUUAUUUUAGAUAUCUUUCUGAGGUGGCAUCUGGAGACAAUAAACAAACCACUGUGUCGAACUCCCAGCAGGCUUACCAGGAAGCAUUUGAAAUUAGUAAGAAAGAAAUGCAGCCUACACACCCAAUUCGACUUGGCCUGGCACUGAAUUUCUCAGUCUUUUACUAUGAGAUUCUGAACUCUCCUGAGAAGGCUUGCAGCCUGGCAAAAACGGCAUUUGAUGAAGCAAUUGCCGAAUUGGAUACACUGAAUGAAGAGUCCUACAAAGACAGCACCCUGAUCAUGCAGUUGCUUAGGGACAAUCUCACUCUGUGGACGUCGGAAAACCAGGGAGAUGAAGGAGAUGCUGGGGAGGGAGAGAACUAAUGUCAAUUGUGCUUCGUGAUCUGUUCAGUGUCACUCUGUACCCUCCACAUACGUCCCUUUGUGCGAUAAAAAAAAAAAAAAAAGAAUCGUACGUUGACUUUCGAUUUUUCACAGCCUCAGCCUAGCAAAAAUGGUCUAUGGGAUAAACAGCUAGUAUUUGUAUUUCAAACUCAGAUUGGUCACAUAAAUGCCACGGCAUUCUGAAGGUUUGAUUUUGGUUAAUAUUGACAGGAUUACUGUGUGUUUAAUUUUUUUAAAAACUGAACACUGUGAUUAUGGGGUUUUGUAACUAAGCAGAACUCUUACUGGUAGAAAAAAAUAGACCUGAAUUACAUGUACCUUUUGGGAAAGUUUAAUCUGAUAUCAAAACAGUCACUGAAAUACAGCUCCAUUGUAAAGUUGUACAGAAAGUUAUAGAUUAUAUUGAGUUGCUGGGACUUGGAGUGAGACACCUAUCAUUUCGCAUUCGAGUUCGAUGGUAAUUCACAGUAGUUCUGCCUGUUGUUCAAGGCUUAUAGACACUUGACCAGUCUGGACUGUUGCCACUCCAGAGUUCAUGACUGCAGAUGUCCAUAGUGUCUUCCUCUGAGGAAACUCAAAGCCUGAAAUUGAAAUUCUUUGUGGCAGAUAGCUGGGUUAUGGCACCAUGAGAAGGUCGAGUGCUCACAUAACACACGUGACUGAAACCCCUUUCCUACAGCAAUAUGUUACUAAUUUGUGACUUGUGCUUCAGUAGUAGAAUCUGUUUUCUUUGUAACCACGAGCUAAAGAAGAAGAAAAGCCGUGUAGCUUAUGAAUGGCCUUAUCUGUCUCCUGGGUGAUACCUUUAAGAAUAAUGUUCUGCAGAGAUUGCCUUUCACGUGAGGAGUACUCAGUCUUUGGGGGGUCUUCCUAGCUCGGGGCUUUUAAAUUUUGAAAUCUGAACAUUCUUUCCCACUGUCAUUUUUUACUAUUGUCUUUGGUUUUCUCUUCCAUCUUUAAAUUUCUGUCCUUCUGCUUUGCAGUUUUUUUUUCUUUUGGACUUCCUUUGUCUUUUGUCCACAGUUGAAUACUAUAUGAGCAGGGAUAGGGGGCCUGGAGGGGGUGAAGAGUGAAGUUGGUGAGCACCUUGGUGAGCAGGCCUAGUUUCAGAGUUGAGAAGAGCUUCCAGCAGCACAGCUCUGUCUUCCUCCAGUUCGCAGCAUGGUGGUUGCUCUUCAGUCAUACCAAGAUCUGAAUCAAAAAAGUAUUUUUAAAUACUCAUGACUCCUCCCUGUAUUACAGCCAGCCCUGAUAAUGCUUGUUAGCACCUGUCACCAGAUCUCCCAACUGUACUCAUCCAGCCAAGUUCACAGACGUGUUUAAACAAGACCCUAUUAUGCAGGGAAAUCGCAUGAACGCUGCAAUAGGAAGAAUCAAGAACACCCAGGCCUACCAGUCUCACAGUAUCCUCCCCUCCCUUUAACAUUCCAUGUAGCCGUAGUGUCCAUCUGUUUGUCCAUCUGCUGAAAUAAGAAAAAAACAUUCAUGCACUGAUGAAAACAAACCAAAAAAAAAAACAAAAAAAAAACCCUCCUUUCUAGCUGAACAAAAAUGUGCAGUUAAAUACUUGGCGCUUGAAAAUGCAGUAGUGAAUGUGGAACGAGCCUGUCUGUAUAUCUGGUAGCUCUUUCUUGCUUUGUUUUUCCUUACCAGUAUUCUGCCUCACGUUUGCUUCUGUGAUGGUUAUAUUGCCUAGCAAGCACACCCCAUGGUUGUGAAAAUAGUAUAGCAAAAAAGAAAAAAUCCCCGGUUAUUGAUGUGCUAGAUUUGUGUAUGUCCUUUAAACAGUUCUAGUUUCCACCUUACACGGAAUAAUCAGGAAUAAGUGUACAAAUUCAAACGUGAAAUAAAAAAUUUUAUCAGUUA